GGGUCGCGCGGCUGGUUUAGUGUGGUGGCCGGCCCUCGAAGCUGAGGCUGAGGUUGCUGAGCGGCAUCAUGACGGAGGGCACGUCUCUGCGCCGAAGAAAGGGAACCCGUAUGCUUAAACCCGACACUGACCUCAGUCGCUGGCGCCUGACCAGUGAGGAGGGAAGGCAGAGAUGGACCUAUUUCCAAGAUGAGGCCCCUGAACGAGCACAGACUCCCCUGGAAGCCUACUCAGUGGGACUGGACUUGAAGUUCUUUAAGCAGUUGCCCAAAGCCCACACAGCACAGGAGGGGGCUCUGAAUGGAAUGAGGUUCUUGGCAGUGAUGCAGGCUGAGGAUGGGCACUGGGCAUGGUAUUACGGCAGCCCAGUCUUCGUCCUGGCAGGUUUAGUGAUCGCCAGCUACGUGGCCAAAAUCCCGCUGCAGCCGGGCUGGAGAGAAGAGAUAGUACGGUACUUGCGGUCGACGCAGCUUCCUGAUGGUACCUGGGGCCUGCACGUGGAGCACAAGUCGACAGUGCUGGGGACAGCCCUCAACUAUGUGUCCUUAAGGAUCCUGGGCCUGGGGCCCGACCACCCUGACAUUGUCCGAGCACGGGAGGUUCUCCACAAGAAAGGUGGUGCGACACUCGUCCCCUCCUGGGGCAAGUUCUGGCUUUGUGUGCUGAACGUGUACAGUUGGGAAGGCAUCAACAGCCUGUUCCCGGAGAUGUGGCUGCUGCCCACGUGGUUCCCUGCACACCCCUCCCACAUCUGGUGCCACUGUCGGCAGGUCUACCUGCCCAUGAGCUACUGCUAUGCCAAGAGGCUGUCAUGCCCUGCUGACGACCCAUUGGUACAGAGCCUGCGGCAGGAGCUCUACCUGGAGGACUACGCCAGCAUCAACUGGCCGGCCCAGAGGAACCGAGUGUCACCUGAUGACCAGUACACACCACACAGCUGGCUGCUCAAUGCCCUCUUAAUGCUGCUCAACCUGUAUGAGCGACACCACAUCACCAGUCUGCGGAAGCGUGUCCUCCAGGAGCUGUAUGACCACAUCGUAGCCGACGACCGCUUCACCAACUGCAUCAGCAUUGGCCCGAUCUCUAAGGUUAUCAACAUGUUGGUUCGGUGGCAUGUAGACGGGCCGACCUCCCCUGCCAUGAAGGAGCAUGUGGACAGGAUCCCUGACUACCUCUGGCUGGACCUCAAUGGCAUGAACAUGCAGGGUACCAACGGCUCGCAGCUCUGGGACACCGCAUUCACCAUCCAAGCCUUCCUGGAGGCUGGCGCACACCACUUACCCGAGUUCACAUCCUGCCUGCAGCAAGCGCACAAAUUCUUCCGCAUCUCGCAGAUCGUGGACAACUUACCUGACUAUCAGAAAUACUACCGCCAGAUGAGCAAGGGUGGCUUCUCCUUCAGCACUCGGGAAUGCGGCUGGAUCGUCGCUGAUUGCACAGCUGAGGGACUGAAGUGCCUGCUGCUCCUGCAGGAGCAAUGCCCCUUUAUCACUGAGCUUGUGCCCCCUGAGCGGCUGUACGAUGCAGUCAAUGUGUUGCUGAACAUGAGGAAUUCAGAUGGAGGGUUUUCCACGUAUGAGACCAUGCGUGGAUCGGCCUUUCUAGAGUUGCUGAAUGCCUCAGAGAUCUUCAGCAACAUCAUUGUUGACUACACGUAUGUGGAGUGCACCUCUUCCGUGAUGCAGGCACUGAAGUGCUUCCAUCAGCGGUUCCCGGACCACAGGGCAGAUGAGAUCAGGGAGACCCUCCAGCAGGGCUUGGAGUACUGUCGUCGGACACAGAGGGCCGAUGGUUCCUGGGAAGGCUCCUGGGGGAUCUGCUUCACGUACGGCACCUGGUUUGGCCUGGAAGCAUUUGCCUGCAUGGGGCACAUAUACCAGGAUGGGAAGGCCUGUGAGGAGGUCACCCGGGCCUGUGACUUCCUGUUGUCCUGGCAGAUGGAGGAUGGUGGCUGGGGAGAGACCUACGAGUCCUGCACGUUGCGGCACUACGUACAGAGCACCGAGUCCCAGGCCCACUGCACCAGCUGGGCCCUGAUGGGGCUGAUGGCCGUCAGGCACCCCAAUGUUAAGGCUUUGGAAAGGGGAGUCCAGAACCUGCUUGGAAAACAGCUCUCCAAUGGCAGCUGGCCCGAGGAAAACAUCUCCGGGGUCUUCAACAAGACCUGCGCCAUCAACUACCCUUCCUACAGCCACGUCUUCUCCAUCUGGACUCUGGGCCGGUUUCUCCACCUGUACCCCCAGAAUGCCCUCGCCCGUUCCCACUCAGCACACCCGCAGGAUGUGGGGUGUGAGGGUGUCAUCUGAGGGUGGGGGGUGUAGGGAAAGGUACUGUGUUCUCAGCCCAGGCUCAGUCUGAGACGGACUGGUUGGGGCUAGGAGCAGAGAGCUAGUCUGGCUUCUCAGAAGGCCCUUCCCUUCCAGCACCAGGCCUGCCAGUGUGGCAGCACCCUUUCUGUGGGCACAAGGCUGGAGCCUUCUGGAAGUGUCCACUUGUGUCUGCCCUUCCUGCCCUGCCAUUAAUGCAGGCUCCCCUUGAGAUUCCUUGUGUCCUGCACCCCUUUUGGGGUCGUGUGCCCUACCUUUUUUUUCAAGUGGGAAGAGGAGGGUACCAUGGGGUGACGCUGUGAGGGCAGCAUGUCUGUUCUGCAGUCUCUACCUACUCUUAGUAUCCCUGUGAGGAAGGGGGUCAGCCUUUCCUGUGCUGGGCAGGGGGCCUGGGGCAGUGCUCCUCCCACAGUGCAGCCUGUACGGGGCAGGGCCUUCAGUAGCCCAGCCUCCAGGUUGUACAGUACCGGUAUGCAAUAAGGAGAGUGGGGCAAUCACCGCCUGGCCACUGUAUGGUAUGGGCCGUUGGUAUGUGUUGGACAGCCUAUCCCUUCCCAUCCCAGCUAGGCAGGACUUGGCACCUUCCUCCGAUGCAGGCAGGUGUCUGGCCUGUGGCACCCACACCUCACCCCCCUUCUGGAUGGGAGGGAACCUUUGCCCCAAACCUUGAUAUUUCUGUGAGCUCAAAUGCUCUGCUGCCCUGUGAGGAGCCACUACAAGAGACCAGGACUAGUGCCACCCACCACUUACCUAGUGCCAGCAGACUCUUCUCCCACCCUCCCCAGUCUGUACCAGCCUUCCCUUCCCUCUGCUGUUUCUGUGUCCCCCUCGCCCCAUCCCAUCAUUUCCCACUUGGACCUGCUGGCCAGCCUGUCACCCUAGCAGUGGUCCAGGCCUUUGGCAGUUUGCCCUCUGGCCUCCCUCACCACCAAUUUUCCUGGCCAUCCUGAGCACUGUCCCCAAUAGGCCUGGUACUUGCCUGCCUUGGGGCAUUCUUUCAAGCUACCCCUCUACUGCCCCUUCUCCCUGUGCAAACCUGCACUGGCCCAACCUGGGACUGGUGUGGGCAGGUGGCUAGUCAGCUCAUGUAGCAGGUGCUUAGAGGCUAUAUGUGCACCUCUUGGCCAUUUUGAAACGAAUGUUGGUUUUGGCAGAAGGGAUUGUGUUGGGAUGUUUCGAGCCUAUCAGUGUACCCUGCACCACCCCCUCCUCCUGUGCGAGCCUCCCAGCCUUACACCAGCGGGGCAUAGUUUUCCCCGAUGCAGCAGCACCGGCUCCUGGGGAGCCCCUCUCUGCCACACCACUGUACAGAACACCUUUUAUUCAGGACAGAAAUCUGCUUUUGAACUGAGACUGCACAUAAUGAAAAUGUUCAUCUGAAUCCCUGCUGUGACCUUACUAAACGGCCACCAGGUUCCUGUGCAUGGAUGCAUGCUGUGGGUGGCUCUGUCUCGUCCUGGGGGACAGUCAUGACCAGGGGGCGGUUUUGCAAACCCUGUCACUCCUCGGUCAAGUCCCUGGCAACAGUCUUCAGCAAACAGGAGGACGAGCAGGGUGCGUCACCAGUUACUUGGGGGAAAUAUUCCAGCCUGAUAAAAAUCCAUAAUCCAAGUAUGCUGGGUAAAUCAUUCAAGGUUCUUGAAUUAAAAUAGCUUCAUUGGUGAUCAAGAAGCAAUUUCGAGUAGUAGACUGCAGGUCCCUCUGCCUUAGCUUCCUGUGCUCACCUGUUUUAGACCCUUCCUGGUGAGGGACUCGCCACCGGACAUGCUCGCUUUUCUGUAGAAACAUAUUCCAAGAGAUAAUGCUGCUCCUUUCUGGAGCAUAAGUUUGGUAUUGCUUCAAACUUAAAUUUUAUUGAGAUAAUAAAAAGUUUUAUAUACUAAUGCUUUGUGCUAUUUUUGAUUAAAAAUUACAAUUAAUAAGUUAA